CUGCUUGCGACUGUGGUUCCCUUUAUCAUGCAAAAAAUCAAAUCGUCACAAUUUGGAAUUAAAGUAUGGGAAUGAAUUUGUAAAUAAAAUAUAUAAUGAUGGUGAUCAAUUUUGUGUUUCCUGUUUAAAAAAUAUUUAUAAAGGACAUUACCCUCUAUAUUGGUCUGGAAAUUACAAUGUGGUUUAUCCUGUUCCAGAAGAAUUAAAAGAUUUAACAACCUUAGAAGAAAGAAUGGUCUCAGCCAGAAUACCAUUUAUGCAAAUUAGGGAAGUUGGCUAUGCAAGACAGUGCUAUAUAACUGGUCAAAUUGUUAAUGUACCAGUUAAUGUAGAUACCACUACUAGAAUCCUUCCAAGAAAUUUAGAUGACACACAGACAAUUCAAGUUCAGCUAAAGAAAAAACUUAAUUUCAAAAAUGCUUAUUUGCUUGAAACCAUUAGACCUGCAGUUGUAAUUAAAGCAGCUAAAUAUUUAUGUCAACAACCCCUGUAUGUCCAAGAAGGUAUUCAAGUGUCUGACAAUUGGCAGAAAGACAUAGAAAACUACAUUAGCUCACAACAAAAUCAUAAUGACGAUGAUGAUAUAUUAAUAGAUGCAUUAAUUAGGCAGAUUGAUCUUGAAUCAUUCAAGUGUAGUACAACAAAACAUAUAAAUAAUAUUGCGGUGGAUAAACUAAAUAAUUGUGAAACAAUGGAAGUCGAAAAAUCAAAUAUUGCUGUAAGGUGUAGUAAAAAAGAGGCCAAUAUCUAUCAGUUGGAUGAAUUUCUAGAAGAUGAGGAUGAAGAACCAUUGAAUCCUGGUGGCCAAGAAACUUUAUUAGACAAGAAUAAUCUAGAAAACAUCUGUUUCGCCCCUGGGGAAGGAAAAACUCCAAUCCAUUUAAUGCAGGACAAGUACAGUGAUGAACUCUCCUUUCCAAGUCUAUAUUGUGGAAAAAUGAAACAAUUCUUUAUUAAAUACAGCUACUCAGAUGAAAUUAAAAUACAACUUCAACACAAAGACAGGAGAUUUGCAAGGACAGAUUAUCUUCUAUACACAUUUAAAAAGAGCCAAAUAAUUUUAUUAACAAAAGCUGUGUAUACAUGCCUUAGGAAGAAGAAAAAUGAAAGUGGAAAAUAUACAGCUGGACAAGUCAUACAACCCGAUUUCAUCGAGCAACUUGUAAAAAAUGAUGAUGGCUAUCAUUUUCUUAAUAAAAUAAAAGGUUCUCCGGCAUACUGGAAACAAGAGAAAACAAAACUAAUGUGUAUGAUUCGACAGUUUGGAAUUCCAACAUUAUUCAUAACCAUUUCUGCAGCUGAAACAGCAUGGCCUGAAUUAAUUGUAAUAUUAGCCAAGGUUGUUGAUGGUAAAGAAAUUUCACUUGAAGAAGCUAAUACCCUCUCUUAUUUGGAUAAGACCCGUUUAAUCAGGACCGACCCUAUAACGUGUGCUCGAUAUUUUGACCAUAGAUUUAAGUUGCUAUUUAAACACAUGAAGAGUGAUAGUGGACCAUUUAAACAACACCCAAUAGUGCAUUUUUACUAUCGAGUAGAAUUUCAACAUCGUGGCUCACCCCAUAUCCAUGGAUUACUAUGGUUAGCAGAUGCCCCCAAAUUUGAUGAAACCGCUGAAAGUUUCAAAGAAUGCUGCAAGUUUGCCGACAAGUUCAUCACUUGCCAGGGAGAUCUAGAGAGUGUCAAUGAAAUAAUCCAAUUCAACACUCAUCAUCAUUCAAAGUCUUGCAAGAAAGAUAUAAAGGGAUAUGAGGUCUGCAGAUAUGGUAUCCCCUAUCUUCCUAUGGAUGAAACCACCAUAUUGAUGCCUAUUAAACUGGACAAGAAAAUAGAUACCAAUAAGGAGCUAAGAAAAACCAUGUCCGAAAAAUUGUUGUUAAUAAAAACAAAAUUACAAAAUAAACCUGAUUUGUCCUUCGAAGGAUUUUUAGCAGAUCUCUGUAUGUCAAAAGAAGAAUAUCUAACAAUAAUUCAACACAACAUAUUUAAGACAACAAUGUUCCUAAAGAGAAGACCUAAAGAUUGUUUCAUCAACAACUUCAAUGAAGAAAUAUUUACUAUGAUGAGAAGUAAUAUGGAUAUCCAGCUAGUCUAUGAACCUUACGGUUGUUGUAGCUAUAUAGUCAACUAUAUAAAUAAAUCCCAAAGAGGUGUGUCAGAUUUACUCAUGAGAACAAUGGAAGCGGUUAAAAAAGGCAACCUCGACAUCAAAGGUAAAUUAAAGGCAAUGGCGUCAGUUUUUUUAAAUGCUAGUGAAGUGAGUGCUCAAGAAGCGGCCUAUUGUGUGCUUCAGAUUCCCCUGCAUGAAACGUCCAGUGGAUAUAUUUACAUUCCUACUAACCCAAUAAAGGAAAGAACAAAGCUAUUAAAAUCCUUAGCAGAACUAAAAGAAAUGUCUGCUGAGGACACCAAUAUCUAUUGUGAUGGCUUGAUUGAACAUUAUGAACAGAGACCAGACAAACUUGAAAAUAUUUGCUUGGCAGAAUUGGCCGCCUAUUAUCAAUUCUCCAAGAAGGAAGAACAAUCAAAAAAAAAGUCAUCCUAA